UCUUGUAUUGACUGGCCCUAACUGUACUGGCGAACAGUUAUACAAUAGAUGGCUAGAAGUAUAUUGUGAAUGGAGUGUACUACAGUUGUAGUGCUAUUGUGUUUGAGCCACCAAGAACUGUUGUAAGUCACAAAGAAAUCUCUCACUCUAGUUUGUUCUUGAACCUGGAUAAUUGCUACCUUUUUCACAAAAUGUCAUGCUGACCAGUUGUAAUAUCAACAUCUCACACCGUCUGUCAAAAUAACUGAAUAAAAGGAGAAAGGAGGCAUCAGCAGCCUUAAAUAGACAACCUGCAUAUUUAGAGACAUAUCCAGAGAUAAGUGCUGCUAAAAGACCAUGCAGUUUAUGUGUUCGCUCUGUACAUGUGUUUGGGGAUGAAAGGGGCUGCUUUCUCUGCGCUGGUCUUGUGUGCCCUACAGGCUGUAAUCAACGGGGACUAAAUUAGAGAGGACUCAGUGGGAGGCAGAGGAGUCUUGGGACUCGCCCCACCAAGUACAGAAAUACCCAUUCCCUUAAAACAUGGGUCUCAUGUACUGACUGCAACAUACUGUAUUUGCAGUGAGUUUCAAAGCAGAAAGCUCAGGCUGAGUUUAAGUCUAACAAGUUGUGGUGAAUUACACUUUCAUACAAAAUAAAGACCCUAUCCAGGGACAGUUUAGCAUUCAGCACCCCAUGCAUGAUAACAUGUACAGAAUCACUUCUCUGGCUGUUCCCUCUAUCAUAAUUCAGAAAAAGUUCAAUCCUAAAUGGAUGCGCCAUAAGUGCAGGAGGAUGAAGAAUGGGUGUGGGAGGUCGAGAAAGAGGGAGGAGAAGCUGAAAAUAGAGGGAUGGACAUCAUUUUGCAGUGAGCUGACUUUUUAGGGCUUAGUACAAAAAAAACAGUCACUAUAACUCCGCAGGGAGGGAACUCUCUUUCACUCUUACUUUCCUCUCAGUAUCCCCUUUAUCUCUGUCUUCUGCACUGUUUUGCUGUUCAGAAGAUAAACCCGGGAUAACACAUUCUGACAGAGAAGAUGAAGUCCCUUUUGGUUUUUCUCAUCACCUGUGUGACCCUGCUCUCACUGUGUCACGCCACUCCUCUGUUCUACAACACAUCCAUGGACGGCAGUGGUGAUGAAGCGGAGCUAGAGCUCCUUUUUCCAACCUCUUUCUCUACUCGAGCACCUGUUCACAUUUCCACUGCUACUGGAGCUCCCACCCUUACCAACACCAUCACCAACACCAUCACCACCACCAUGAUACGCCUGAAGGAUUUUGUCUUUACCCGAGUAGUGGACUUCCUGCAGGAGAAUCUGCUCAUCAUCAUCGUCGUGACCUCUCUUCUCAUCGUCAUGGUCUUCAUCAUCUGCUGUGCCUCUGCCAUGAGUCAUAAGAGCAAGCUGGAGGCCUACAAACCCCCUCCUCAUCCAAACAAGAAGACUGUGGCUGAUAAAACAGGCGGACGCAACAAUUCAAGUGAGAUCCAGGAGAGGCCGUACGCCGUCGACCACGUCAAGAGGGUCCAGACUCAGAGCAUGGCCUCCCCCAAACACCUACGCAUGCCCUCCAAGGCUCUGGUGGGAGAGAGGGGUAGAGAUGUCAGGUCGUCGCCUCGCCAGGAUGUCAGAAAGGUCAGGGAGGCAGAGGAGGUGGAAAAGCGGAGAGAGGAGCCCAAGCACAAAGAGCAGCCCAAGCGCAGGGAGGAGGUGCAGCAGAGCUCCAGCCCCAGCACCAGCUCUGCUCAUUCAGUGUGCACCUGCCACCUGAAAAAGGCCAACCACUAAGGCAUGUUCAAGCCUGAUGUUGGCAUAAGAGGGAAAAUGUUGCAACCAUGCAAAAACAAAAUCAGAAAGGUUGGUUAUACUGCACACAUUACGUGAUUCAAAUCUGAAAUACCUUCUUACAACUGCCAAUAAGAAAAUGUAUUUGUGAGGCUCAUGCCUUUAUAUGACAAAAACAGUUAAAUCUAAAUCUUCAUGAAAAUAUGAACUAAUGCCUGAUGUAAAAAUGAAAAUGAUAGAAGAUAUGUGACUAGAAAUCAAAAUACUGAAUUGUGUUGCUACAUUCAUUGUCCUUAGUCUUGCAGUGGUCAACCAGUUGUUUUUUUUAUCAAGGAUUACCACAGAGUCCCAACCGCCUAAUAUCAUAUCACUGCAUGUGCCAUUGAAGUAGCAUCACUUGAAACAGUGAAAUAAAUAAUUUUCUCAUGGAUAUGAUUUUUGAGAAAGACAACAACAAAAUUAUUUUAAAAAUAAAAAAUGGGCAGCCUGUAAUUCCCCAUCCUUUUCAAAUAGAAAUGACAAAAAUAGUAAGUAUUAAUGUGUUUUUAAUACAGAGAUGGAUGAUUCCAUAUGCCUGCCUAGACAGAGGAAUCUCCUCAGUAUGUCCUGCUGUACGCCGUGGCAUCUUUUCAGCAGCUAAGAGCUUUGGCUGAACCAGUCUGUUAUCUAGAGAUAAAUCUUUGCUGCUGUAAAUAAAGCAAAGUGAGAAGCCAGUAAACUUGAUUUGUUGGAUAAGUAACAAAACAAUCUCUUUAUAUUUACAUUCAUAUUUACUUAAUUUUGUUUGCAUAAUGUUAUUUUAUGUCAUAGCAUAUUGUAUUUUACAUUAAGAGCCUAAUUCUCAAAGCUUUACACCAAAAACACAAUUUACAACUGUGUUAUUUCUGGGAAGUAAAAACAUACAUAGACACAUACAUACAUACACAAAUACAUACAUACAUACAUACAUACAUACAUACAUACCUACCUACAUACAUACAUACGCACAUACAUACCUACAUACAUACAUACAUUCUGAUCUGCCUUCAACAUUAAGAGCAGUGUUUCAUUGGUGUAUAAAAACUUUGUGAAUCAGUUUUUGUUUUUAAAAGUAAUACUUAUGUAUAAGAUAAAUUAUGAGUUUUGUUUUAAUGUAAUAAUUUGUAAUUAGUCAAAAACUUGAGUACAGGGAUAGAUAGCUGGCCUGUUUUGCUGGUGUAAUAGGUUUAACUUUGACUCAUGGUGGCUAAAAAAGGACUGAGAAGGGUAUAUUUUGUCAUAUUCAUCUUAUUUUAUUUUAUUAAAAAUUCAGAUUACACUGGAGAUUAUUUGUAUAAACUCUCCAACUCACUGUCCCGUUACUCAAGUUAAUGACUGAGCAUCUAAACCAAUGACUUCUGUCAUGUUUAUAUACUCUUUAACCUCAGAUUGUUGUCCUCAGAUGUUUUCACACAGAUGCUUCUUCUGUGAGUUUUAUUGUUUACAAAAUGGCAGUUUUGUUUUGCUUAUGUUGAAUAAAAUUGUUGGUAAUGA